CCAUGUUAACCUGUAGUCAAUUAAAGUCAAGUUUGGUCUAGUUUAGUUUUUAGUCCUGUCCAAUCUCUUAUUGUCUUUGUUUGCCUGUUUUACCACCUUCUGGGUUUUUGUUUUCUUAUUAAAUUUACCUGCAGCCUGCGCCUGGGUUCUCAUGACUUUUGAUCUCUGUGCAGGUGAUUGUUGGCUUAUGGCAGCCAUUGCAUCUCUGACUCUAAACAACAACAUUCUGGAGCGCAUUGUUCCACCUGAUCAGAGCUUUUCGGACGGGUACGCCGGCAUCUUUCACUUUCAGUUGUGGCAGUAUGGUGAAUGGGUGGAUGUUGUCAUUGAUGACCGUCUGCCUACCAAAGAUGGAAAGCUGCUGUUUGUUUGUUCAACAGAGCGUUCAGAGUUCUGGAGCGCCCUGCUGGAGAAGGACUAUGCAAAGUGAGUGUGUGUAUGAAAUAUAGAGAGGUACAAGACAUGUGUUUAUUUAUAAUGAAAAAUUUUGGAGAAAUUAAAAAUGAUAGGUAGGCAAAAUCAUAGUGGACAUUAUAGAAUUCACUCAUUCAAUCCCACAAUGCACCACAAUAAUGAGUGUAGCUAGCUGCUACUCGACCACUGAGGCUCUCACUCGUUUUUAUCCACUCAUUCCAGUGAACUAUAUUAGUGGA